CAGGUAGCUAACUAGCUGAGUUGCUGCGGCUCUCACUGAAACACCAUCAUGGCAGCGGAGUGCGAUGUGCUGUCUGAAAUUGAGGUGCUGCAGUCCAUCUACCUGGAUGAACUGCUGGUCAACAGGAAAGAGGACGGGGGCUGGGAGGUGAGCCUGGUCCUGUACCCUUCCACAGCAGAGGACUCUGUCUCCCAGUUUGUGCGACUCACACUGACUUUGACCCUCGAUCAGCAGUAUCCUUCGUCUUCUCCAGCCAUCUCCAUUAAUAACCCACGGGGGCUUUCUGAUGACAAAAUCAGCAGUGUCCAAAAGUGUCUUCAGUUGGAGGCUCAGUCCUGUCUGGGUUCACCUGUGUUAUAUCAACUCAUUGAGAAAGCGAAAGAAAUCCUGACCGAAAGCAAUAUUCCUCAUGGAAACUGUGUCAUUUGCCUCUAUGGCUUUAAGGAGGGAGAGACGUUCUCCAAGACAAGCUGCUAUCACUACUUCCACUCGCACUGCCUCGGUCGCUACGCCAGCCACUCUGAGAGGGAGCUCCGGCAGAGGGAGAAGGAGUUAGAGGAGGACAAGACCAGAGAGAGAACAGACCAACAGGAGCUGACUGUGGUGUGUCCGGUCUGUAGAGAGCCUCUAACAUAUGACGUGGAUCAGCUUCUGUCCUCCCCUGCACCCCAGCUGCCUGAGCUGGACGAAGCAGCGAUCGGUUCAACUUUUCAACAGAAGUGGUGUGAACUCCAGAAGCUUUUGGAAAGACAGAGGUCCAAAGGCGGGAUCAUUGACCCGGAGGUGGAAUCAAAUCGCUUCUUCAUCCACACCAACGAGACUCCAUCUGCUGCUGAAAACGGAAACCUGGACGCGGAUGUCUCUCCUGGCCCCACAGUACCCUCUGCUUCUAAUGUGUCCUCUUAUGAAACUAGUGUCAGAGCGGACAUGUUUGUUCCUGGACUGUCCCACUGCAGAGGCGGUCAGGGCCAGAGGCGUCAGAACCAGAUGAGGGGGCCGAGGAGAGGAGGCAGAUCCAGACCACAACACCGAAGAGCCGCCCCUAUCACAGAGCACCUGGAUAAACUGUCUCUGUCCUCAGACUGCACUGAAGGACCAAUAAAAGCCAAAGCUCAGGGUAACCAUGGCCACCAGGUGCAAGUAAACGCAGAAUUCUGUCAGUCUGAGACAGGCAGGGGCGUCCCCGUAGAACAACAACGGACCCAGGUGUCUCCAGAUGAUCAGCCAGUGUGUCAGGCAGCCUUGGAAACUGAGUGGCCAAAAGAUGCUGGAGACUCUACAGGGGGUCGUGGUCACCGUGGAAGGAGAAGGGGUCCUCACCGACCUGUUCCAGACACCAGUGGCCCUGGACCCGCACGCUACCACUGGGACGGGCGGGCUUCAAGAAGCAGGGGAGGGCCCAAUAACCUGUACAGCAGAGGAGGGGGACCCCGCCGGGGUCACGGUAGGGGCUUCCAACACAAAGUGGUGGAGAGGGAGAGGGGAAGAGAGGAGGUGCUAUGACAAAGGGCAACAGGAGGGCCAGUGAACAAGCGUAUGUGUGCCUCCAUUAUCAGUUUGCAUAGAUUAAAGCCCUGCACCAGAAACAACAUUCACCGUAGUAUCCUUUCCUCCUGUACAUUGCUGUUAUCCUGGUCUCUGGUAUGCACUUUCAUGCACACUAAUAUCAGAUACAGAUGGUUGUUGCUUUUUGUUGUGGUGCAAUAUGACUUGAAAGAACUACAAAUUAAAUUUUCUCUGGAUGUCAGUAUGUUA